ACAUAGUUUAUAGCCAUGAAUAUUUUUAAAUACAUAAAUAGUUUUAAAUUCAGAAAUACUUUAUUAUAUGGCCUGAUGAUGCUCAGGCUGCUUUCAAAUGAUUUAAAAAGCCCUGAUGGGGUCUCCAGCUUUGGGCUUCCUAGAUCCUGUGAAAUCUUUUGAAUUAUUCCCUCAUGGCAAGGCUGGCCCAGCUGUUUGGGAGCAGUCACAGCUACAGAGCUGCAGAGAUGUUAAACCAGAAUACAGCACAAAAAUUCAGUUAAUCAGAGUAUUAUAUUCUUAAUUUCCCCUGGUGGAUGGGCAGUCACCCCUGCUGGACAAGGAAUAGUUUCUGAGGGAAUAAAGCAAGGAUGGAUGUUAUCAAAUGAAGAAACUCUCCUGGAGAUUAUUGGCAAAUUGGCUUUCCAGAACUUCCAUGCAAAGAGAGCUGUAAAUUUCUUUCAGUGGAUCCCCAUUCUGGAUGGCCUGAAGCAUUUCCCUGUUGCACCAACAUGGCAAAAGAAGUAGUGAGAAUAUUUCUAAAUCAAUUAUUUCCAGGCUUUGGAGCUCCUCUAGGAAUGCCAUCAGACAGAGGGUCUUGUUUUACAGCAGGAAUUGUGGGACAAGUUAGCAAGGCCUUGGGAAUCCAGUGGGAUUUACACACUCCAUGCUGGUCACAAGAAAGGCAGAAAGAAUGAAUUACUCUAUUAAACUUAAAUGAUUACCCCCAGCCAGAAUAAAAUUGAGGAAAAAAGAAUUAAUAGCCUUGCAACUGAAGUACUGCUCAUAUCUGUAAGAGGUAUCUCCAUAGUUCAGCAAAAUCUUUUCUUCCUAAAACACCUCUGGAGUUUCAUUGAGGGAUUAGGCAUGAAAAUUCCUAUGAAAGUAUCAAGUGGCUAAAAUAUUAAAUGUAACUUAUUGCUGGAUAUGUUCUCAAGGCAUGUUGAAACUCCACAGAACCACAUGGCCUUCAGGAAAAAUUUACUAUUAUAGGACAAGAAGGUUGCACUUACAUCAGGGAUGAGUUUGAAGCCCAGCAGAAAAAAAUGGAUAAAAAAAGCAAAAAAAGAGUGGCAGAAAGAAGAAAACUCUUGGAUAAAGUUGGCUUAACUCAUGGCUACCAAGCUGGGGACUGCUACAGAAUGCAUUUGUGGCAGUCAUCUGUAACUACUGCAGAGUGUUUAUUUGUUUGUGUUCACUUUUGUAACACCUUGUGCUGAAAAAUGAAGUGUAUUGUGGCUUGCCUAAAAGAGACAGUCUCAAGGAAAAGGAGGGAUUUGAUAGAUAACAAAGGGAAUAAAAAAUUUCAGCUCCCCUUAAGCUGCUGGGAGAGAGCAGAGUCUUUUUUUUUAAAGUGUUCAUUUCAGGUGAGUGUGAGAAGAGGCUGCAGCUCCCACAGGGAUUGGUGCCAGGAUUCCAUGCAAGCCACAGCUGCAGAGACCCAUGAGUGCCAGUCAGCUUGAGAAAAGUCUCUAGGAUAUGAAACAGGCUAUUUUUUGGCAGUGCCCUUGAUAAAAUAUUUUGCAGUUGGAACAACAAGAGAUGGAAAUAGUGUUGAGAGAAUUAAAAACUAUGAUUUCUGACUGAGAGCACAGAGAAAAAUCAAAUAUUUCAGCAUGCAAAAGGGCUUUAUAUAAAACCAGAAAUAUUUGUUUUGGUGCAAAAUGGGGAAGGGAGGGAGGCUCAGCAUCUCAGGGGUAAGGAGGGUGAUUUAAUUCCUUGACAGAGAAACCUCAGUGCUUCAAGGAACUGCCCUGACUGCAUUAAUAUAAAAUGGUUUUAGUGUUCAGAAACAACUUCAGUGUUCAGAAACAUCCCUGUUCAUCUGAAAACAAGGAUUGAAUGGAUGGGUUUUGAAGAAAAAUGGCCUUGGCAGGAGGAGGAACCUUGUGUGUCUGUCAUUCCUUUCCCUUGGAGUUCUCCAUGUGGAUGCCAGAGCAGCUGACCCAACUUCAAAAAUGUGACUCAUGGCCCCUCCAGCAAAAGGAUCAGGAGCAGUUUCUGGGUUGGUGCAAGAGCCCCACAGGACACAAAGAUGAGAAGAACCUGGCUGGGUGUGCCCCUGGGACAGCUGCUGGCUCUGGGACACAGGCACAAAUGGAGAAACAUGAUGGAUUCCAGAAAGUUCAGGCUGUUUGUCUGCCUGCUGGGGCUCAGCAGUGCCAGCCUCUGGCUUUUCCACACCUGGACCGAGCUGUGCGUGCUCUGUGAGAGCGGCCAGGGUUACCUGCUCCCCAUGGAGACUUUCAGGAGGAGGGAAGGGAACUUCUCCCAGCUCCCAGAUGUUGACUGCCACAAGAACCCUCCUUUCCUUGUCCUGCUGGUGGCAUGCUCAUUCCAGCAGCUGGAUGCCAGGAUGGCCAUCAGGCACAGCUGGGGCAGGGAGAGGACGGUGGCUGGGAAGCGCCUGGUGACGUUGUUUCUGCUGGGGAGCCCUGGGGAUCCCAGCCAGCAGGCUGCCAUGGCUGCUGAGAGCCAGAGGUACAGAGACAUCAUCCAGAAGAACUUUACAGACACUUAUUACAACCUGACCCUCAAGACCAUGAUGGGAAUGGAAUGGAUUCACAGGUUUUGUUCCCAGUCCACCUUCGCCAUGAAAACCGACACGGACGUGUUCGUCAACGUUUUUUACCUCACUGAGCUGCUCCUGAGGAAAAAGAAGAGCACUGGAUUCUUCACAGGCUUUUUAAAACUGCAUGAGUACCCCAUCAGGACAAGAGGGAGUAAGUGGUAUGUGAGUAGGGAAGAGUAUCCAGGAACGACCUACCCACCUUUUUGUUCUGGGACUGGAUAUGUUUUAUCCAGCGACGUAGCCAGCCAGAUCUACAACAUUUCUGAGAGUGUUCCCUUCAUUAAACUGGAGGAUGUGUUCAUAGGUCUCUGCCUCGACAAAUUAAAAAUUCAGCUUCAGGAGCUUCACUCGGAGCAGACGUUUUUCCCAGAAAGGAUCAAGUUCUCUGUUCCUCGCUUCAGGAAAAUCGUGACGUGCCAUGGAAUAAAACCAGCUGAGCAGCUCAGCUACUGGAAGCGCUUAGUGGCAGCCACUCAAGGAGGAGUGCUCUAGCACCCACCCUGCUCCACUUAACAGACUGAAAUUCUCUGCUUUUACAGGGCUGCUCUCCACUCCAGCAAACUCCCAGUUAACUCCAGCUCUGUCACGCUAAAGGCUUUAGAAAUGGUUAUUUUAAUCACAGAAUCGGAGAAUUGUUAAGGUGGGAAAAAGAUGUCCAGGAUCAUUGAGUCAAACCUUUGACUAAACACCACCUGGUCAAUUAAACCAGAGCACUGAGUGCCACAUUCCUUGAGCACCUCCCUGGGCAGCCCCUUCCAGUGCUCAACCAACCCCUCUGUGAAAAAAUUCCCUAUUUCUGCCCAAGAACCUGCAAACCUCCUUCUCUCCAUCCAUUCACACCCACCUCUGUGCCUCCCUUCUCUACACAAGUUACAAUUAUUAUUAUUUUUUUUUCCUGAAGCAUCCAGGCCUGCUAACCCACCCUCCAAAUCUUGCUGCCAGAGGCCUGGGAACAUUUCUGCUGUGCCAAACAAAAAAAAGUCAAAGAACUUUUGUUCAGGGAAUAAAAUCUGAACCAUCUUCCUGGUUGCCCUUGAUAAAUCACUGCACCCAUCUGUGCAGGCACUUAAGGGAUGAUAUUUGUAGCUGUCAGGAUGCUCCCUCCUGGCAUAGGAAGCUGCAGCCCUGCCCUUGCAGCCAGCUCUGAGUGGGCUGAGCUGCAUCCUGGCACAGAUCCCUCCUUCAGUCUACAGCAGGUUUGGUGUUUUUUUUUUUUUUUUUUUUUUGGAGAGAUGGUAGAAUUUGCCCAUGCAAUGCUCUCAGGACAACCUUGGGCAGUGCAGGUCACCUGGUGGAGGUGUAAAAGCUGCUGCAGCUGUUUCCUUGUGUGUGCUUCCUGCUGCAAAUAAUCCAGUGGUGGAGCCAGGGCAGGGUGUCUGCUCUUCCUAUUAAAAGAGACCCUGGAGACAUCCUUUAUAUUUGUGUCUCACUUUGAUUGCCUGAGAGCUGCUGUGAAUGGUUUACCAAGGCUAAACUCGAGUCACUUACAGUGAUUUAGACAUUUUUUUUUUUUCCCAAAGAGAAACUGGGUGUGAGAGAGAGGAGACAGGAAGAUUUUUCUCUUUUUUAAACCUAGUGGAAAAUGUGCUCAAGCAAUCAUUCAGGCUUGGAGUUCUCUUCCUUAUUUCAUUACCAAGAAAAGACUCAUGAAAUCUUUGGGAUGAUGAUAAGUUUCAGAGAUAAGGAGAAGGGGCCUUUACAGCAGAUGCUAAAAAUCCUUCAGGGCUCUGAGGAGGGAGAAGGGAGCUGAGAAAUCCUCCCUUAUGCAAUGGUCCUGUUUGAUUUUCCUGCAGGCAGAGGCAAGGUCAGUGUUAUCAGCAUGGAAUUCCUGUCGUGUCUGUGGGAAGGGUUUUUUCUAAAGAGCAGUGAAAGUGGAGCUGUUCCCAAGGGGAGCUGAGGGGAUCCAACAUCCAGCAUGGUAAAAGCAUGGAAGAAAGGCAGGAAAACAGAUUUUAUUACCUUGAAGUUAUUUAUUUUCAUUGUUUUCCUUUUCAUUGAAAAGGAUUCUUCUUUCUUUCUUUCCCUUCCUUCUCUUUUCCUUUUUUUAUCCUUCUUGUCAAGGAUUUCCCAAGUAUCUCAUUUACUUGCCUGUGUCUGAAGAGCAGGGUAAACAUUUUCAGCAGGAAGAUCCUGCUGAGAAGUGUUUAAUAAUGGUCAUGAUAUAUUAUUUAUUUUCCUCUGGUACAACCGGAGAUCAUGCACUUAUUUUUGACCACUGAUGAUGAAAGAAACAAUGUUUAUUUGUUUGCCAAAAUAAUGUUUUUUUCAUUUUAAUAUAAUUUAAUAAACGUUUAAUAUUUUAUUUUAAUAAUUAAAAUAUUUAAAGAGCUGAAUUUUGCUUACAAUUCAGCUAUUUUUGAAUACUUUUGCUGCCUUCAGAAGGCAUGAUGGGUCAGACUGAUAAAGCCAAGACAACAUCUUUUAAAUCACUAUUCUUUCCAUGUAAUAUGCAGAAAUACCUUGGGUCAUUCAUUGCUCUUGUGCCCAAGGUGCUAGCUGGUUAUUCCUUUAAUUUAUGGAAAAUUGGUGAGCAGAAAGGAAUCAUUGCUAGCCCUUUGUCUCGAGGGGCAGAGCUCUGUGAGCUGGGACAGCAUCAUCAGCCUGAUGUUCUCUUCUUGUUCUCAGAGGUAAUAAUACAAUAAUAAAUUAAAUAAAUACAAUAAUACAAUGAAAAUAACAAUAUAAAAAAUAAAAUAUUCCUGCAGGCAAUUGCAGGUCUCACUCCCCCUUCUGUGCCUGGUGCCAGCAGUUUGUGGCAUUGCUUCAGUAUAGAAAAGUCACCCUUGAAGCUGGCUUGACCUCUUGGCUGGGGCUUUUAUUUGAGCCCAGGAGUGCUCCAAAUUACUUGAAUCCAGCUGCUGACUGUUCUCAGUCAGUCCCUUCUGCAGACUCAACCUCUGUAUUUUGGGGUUAAAUUCCAGUGGAAGAUGAACCUGUCUGUGGUAAGGGGGUGGGAAUGGAUGUUCUUUAAGGCCUCCUCCAUCCCAACCCCAACCAUUCUGCAGCUCCAUGAAUCCCAUCUCUGAUGGAUUGGGAACAAGGACCUGACACAGGGUGCUGAAACCAUCCUGGCACUGUUUCCAGGGAGAUGGAAUUGUCAUUUCAAGUGACCUGUGCAGGAUGUCUCUGUUGCUGCCUUCAGGAUGUUUUGUCCCCACAUCAGUCUCCAGUGGCCUGACUGCUCACAAAUAAACCAUUUGUCCCUGCUGAAGCUCUGCUGAGGAGCAGAUGAGUUUGGGUUGAAAUGUCAGGGAUUCAGAUUUUCAGGGAUUUUUCUGCUCCUCUCCUCUUUGCAGAGUGGUUUCCCAAGUGAAUGCUGCACAGAAUUUUCCUCAGUAUUAUGAUUAUCUUUGUGUAAAUGAGAAACUGAUCUUGUAAUUCACAGGACCAUAGAAUUGUUUAGGUUGGGGAAAAAAAAAACCAACCUGUAAUUUCCCUGAGUCCAACCAUUAACCCCAAAAGGCGUCCCCAAGCACCACAUCUACACAUUUUUUUUUAACACUUUCAGGGACAGUGAUUCCACCACUUCCUUGGGCUGCCUCUUUUACCACCCUUCCUGUGAAGAAAUUUUUCAUAAAUCCAAUCUAAACCUUGUUGUUAUUACAUGGCAAAGGUUCCAUUGUCAUUAUAUUGCAAAGGUUCCAUAUUGCAGGAGUUUGGUACCUCGGUGUUUCUCGUAGGCAGCUCCUCUAAGCACUGACUCUUCCUUCUCACAACAGCCAGCUAACUCCAGUUCCCCUCAACCAACCCACCCACUCUUUUAUAAAACUCUUCUUCUUAUUGGCUACAGCAGAGGCCUGCUCCUAAUCUCUAAUAAUUGGCUCAGCUACAACUCCUUAGGGGUAAGAUUAUUUCUAUACCACCUUUAAUUUCUUACAUUGUAUCCCCCUACAAUUCCCCCUUUUAAUUACAGAAUUACAACAUUUCUAGAAGAACAUGUUCAAAUAAAUUAACAUUACGACACAUUCAUAUGUUUCAUUUAGAACUAAUAGUUAGACAAACAUUCAGACAACAUAUUGCAGUAUAAAUAGAUAUGUAUUUCUAAGUGUUGGUUCAGUUUUGCAGCUUUUCUCAGUUUACAAAGUACUUAUCUUCAAAAUCUUUUGUACUGAUGCUUUACAGACAUUAAUAGCCCCACUAAUCAAUAAACACAUUGGUCUAAAUAAUAGAACUAUUCUUUUUUCAGUUCUUACAGUUACUUUAGUAAAUUCUCCCCUGGUCCUUUUUUUCCAAAUCCACGGGGUCACAGAGUUUAGUAUUUGAGUCCUUUUUCUCAAAUCUAUGGGGUCAUAUAAUUUAGUGUUUGAGUCCUUUUUCUCCCAAAGUCACGUCGGGGUCACCAUUUGUUGUCAUUAUAGUGCAAAGGUUCCAUAUCACAGGAGUUUGGUACCUCCUCAGUAUUUCUCAUAGGCAGCUCCUCUAAGCACUGACUCUUCCUUCUUACAACAGCCAGCUGACUCCAGUUCCCCUCACCCAACCCAUCCACUCUUUAUAACACUCUUCUUCUUAUUGGCUACAGCUGAGGCCUGUUCCUAAUCUCUAUAAUUGGCUCAGCUGCAACUCCUGAGGGAUAAGAUUGCUUUCUAUACUACCUUUAAUUUCUUAUAUUGUAUCCCCCUACAAAACCUCCCUUGGUGCAACUUGAAGCCGUUUCAUCUUCUCCUGUUGCUCUUCACUUGGGAGCAGAGACCAAGCCCCAUCCCACCACACCCUCCUGCCAGGGAGUUAUGGAGUGCAGUGAAAUCCCCCCUGAGCCUUCUUUUCUCCAGACUAAACCCUUCCCAUGCCCCCCUAGGCUGCUUUGAAUAAGAGUAUAUUAAUUGAGCAAUUAAUUACAUAAAACAUAAAGCUACCCUGCUGGAAAAUGUGAUUUAAGAAAAAGCAGAUGAUUGCACGUAAGGCAAAUCCAUUUGUUUAAACAAAGCCACUGUGCUAGUGAGUUUAUAUGUAUCAGCUAAAUUAAAUUAGCUUUUGCAGCUGAGGCCUCAGAUCAUGAAUUUUAAAACAAUCAAAACAGUAUUAGUGGCCUUUUGCAAAAUUAGAUUCAUUUUCCUAUGAAAGACCAUCCUAAAACAAUCAGAAAUGUAAGUAGAACUGUAAACACAAAACUGCAGUGUACAUAUACUUAUUUUUAAAAUUUUAUAGGCUGAUAAAAGAAUUCAGGCAAUUUGGGGGCAGCUUGUCGGCAGAAGCUGAGCGCUACCCCAAUGUUUUUAAGCAUUUUGGGUUAGAAGUUCAUUAAUUUUUUUUUUUUUAAUGAAUAGCUUUGAAAAGGUCAUCUAAACGUUACUCCACUGGUUCUAAGUAGGGAGGAGUGCAGAAAUCAGCAGAGCUGGCAGUGUCUUAGAGUUGGUUGCAUUUCAGCACACUCUGUUUCUUCCAAGAUCAGUUUUUGGAUGCAUAAAAAACAUUCCCCCCCCACAACCCUAAUUCAUCAACUAACACAUUCCCAGCUUAAAUUAGGAUUGUCAAAUCUGUGCACAAAGGAUUUGGUCUCACAGCUCCUCUGACUGAGAUUUAUUGAGGAGGCACAACCCUCCCAGGCACUUCUGAAAAUACAGAAGUGGGUUUUUGCAAUGGAAGUUUUUCCUUAUUUCCAAGUGGAAGGGGACAAAAGGGCUCCUGGUGUGUGCUGGAUGUGACAGGAAUGCCUGCUCCUCCUGGAUGUGUGCAGGUGACACUGCAAUGUUCAUUUCAAAGGCAUCACAAUGUUUGUAUUAUUUGCAUAGAACAUUUGAGUGUUGAGCCAGCAGUUCCAUGGUUGAUAUUUUAUUAGUAAAGAAUUUUGCUACCA